CAUACGCAGCAAUACAAACUACCUGGUACUGCUACCACAAAUAAUACGAACGGAAAUCGAACAAAGAUCAUGACUGCCCCAACAAGGACGAGAAUGUCCCUUUCGGCCGUUGCCACGGUUGCCUGCCUGUGGUUUUUCGCGGUCGUCGUCGAAGCGGGAAUUGCGACAAUGGGCUUGCAAAGAGACAAAAUGCCAGUCGGCAUCGACGACGUUCUCCAUUCCUUUGAGCGUGCCCGGAAGUUGCAGGAAGUAGAAAUGCAAGAAUUUCUUGUCGACCAGGGAGAAAAGGAGGAGGACCACAUGCACGAGCAUGACCACGAACACGAAGGUUUAGAAGAAGGUGACCACGAACAUGACCAGAGCGAGAUCGUUUCCAUCCAGUUGGAUGGUCUCUUUGCAGCGACGCCAGACGUCAAUGCCGUGGUUGAACAAAUGGAUGRCAACGCUACAACGACGGAAUCGAACACAACAUUUGUGGAUGCCAAUAUUACAACGGCAGACGAUGGGGAUCUAGAAGCAGAUGGUUCUGACUUUUUUGAAGUCAACGAAGAAAUGGAAAUCCUGGACGAGGCUAACCAACAGAUCGCCUUGGAGACUGUUGUCACCGAGGCCCGGCUMGACGACGAAGCUGCCAGCAGCAUUGUGGUCGGAACCAUUACUACUGGACCGCGGGGCGGACGAGAAGACGCCGCACCAAAUCUCGAACCCACGGAAAUUUCGUUCAUGAUUGUAAGAGAAUCAUCACAUUGCGUUCCAUCACUCCUUUGCUGGAUUGCUGUUUGUAUGGUGUUGGUAUGAUAUACGGUAUUUUCCUUCGAUGUCAACGAGGUUGCUUGAACUGUUGAAUUAAUUCUUCAUUUGUCGAUCUUUUUUGGUUGUUGCGAUGUACUUGUAUUAGUCUCCYACUUGCUCACUCAUUUGAUCCAMAUUUUUGCACUGAACUAUGCAAACAGAUGAUGGAAGAAUUUCGAUACUCGAACGGCGCCGAAACCMUCGAGCAGAUUUCCAUCGGCACCAAGUUCGGCUUCUCYGGAAGGAUCGUCACCAAGGCGGAAGAACUGGGCGUAGCCAGUGGAACCUGUACUGUCACCAGUGACAUCAAAAAAGAACUGAGCUACUGCGAGAUCUACCACAAGAUCGAGACAGACAACUUUGGUGGUUAUGGCUCUGUCAUGGUUGCUGGGACCGCCGACGAAGUGGGUGGGCGUUUCUUGGUCACUGGAACCGGAGGGUCUCUCCAGUCGACCAACCAGGGAUAUGCUAUGUUUCAGUUCGAUCCGGCGGGAAACCCGGUGGUAUACGUGUUGCUAAAACUUUUUUGAUGGAUGCUUCGGCAAUACAAUAUCGUUUAUACU